AUAUGCGGCGUGGCGAGGGCCCUCGAGGAGGAGGUAUUCAUCUGGGAGCUGCGGCCGCUACUCUCAUCUGUUCCACCCCAAGACCCCCUCCUGAGGACCACACACUCCCGAGGGCACGGAGCUCCCCUCUGCGUCGUUUUUGUGAUUCUUUCCCCUUUGCAGGUGGUGGGAGAGGUGGUCCAGGCCCUGCAGCGCGGGGAGUGGUUCCAGGGGGCCCGCAAGCUGGUGUUCGCCUAUACGGGCCACGCCAACACAUCUCUGGUUACCUCAGUGGAACGACAUCGCGUCCUCCGAUCCUCGUACGACACGGUGUUGGCAGCCUGGACCCGCCCGCAACUCACUGCCGCCCCCUCCCCCCCUUCCACCCUGCCCCGCGAGUACGAAGUGGUCACCACCUGCCCCUACUGUGGCGACAGGGGGCCCAGCGUGACUCUAGCCGGCCACUGGCGGCGCGGGGAACGCCAGGUCUUGGAAAAGCCACUCUACCCCGACACAUUUCAGAACUUCCACGGACACCAGUUCAGGAUCGUCACUUUGAAAUACGCGCCUUUUAGCUGCUACGACAAAGUGGAACAGGAGGAAGACAACGACAAAGCGGGAGCGCAAAAAAGAGGAGCGAAAUUGAAGCUUCGAGACUGCCUGGACACCCGGAUGCUGCAGGUGAUGGCGGCGGCCCUCAACUUCACGUACAGCGUGCGCGAGCCCACGGACGGGCAGUGGGGCUUCCGCCUCCAGAACGGAUCCUACACGGGAGUGAUCGGGGCUGUCCAGAGGCUGGAGGCGGACUUCUCCCUGAACGUGGCCUUCACCGGGGACAGGGAGCGCGUCAUCGACUACACCCUCGGCUACUACAACGACCCCCUCACUUUCUGCACCUCCCCGCCCCGCCCGCUGCCCCGCGUGCUGGCCCUCAUCAGGCCCUUCCAGUUUGAGGUGUGGAUUGGAUUUGCAGCAGCCCUGUUCUUCAUUGGAAUUGUCUACUAUGUCACCAGGAGGUUUGAGAACAUUAACCCUGCCUCCUCCUCCUUCAGUCCUUCAUUCUCAGCCACUUUUCUCAGCAUAUUUGGCGCAUGUGUGAGGCAAAGUCAGAGGUGGGCGGUGGGCGGUGUCGGGCAGGCAGUGUUAGGUGCGUGGUUGCUCUUCUCCCUGGUGAUGCUUUGCUCCUACGUGGCUAUGCUCACGGCCUCCCUCGCUCUGCCACCUCUCUCGCCCACCCUCAACACCCUGCAUGAGCUUGUGGACAGUGACCUAUCUUGGGGGAUACAGGACCAGGGUGCUGCAGACUACCAGCUCCUCAAGACUUCAACAGUACCUCUGUAUCAGCAGGUGUACAAAGGCCUCCAGGUGUGCCCCGAGCUUGACGUCUGCAUAGCCAGGGCUCGAGACACACGCUACGCCUUCAUCACCUGGCGACUGUACCUUCAAGACAGGAUUGCCAUCAGGUUCACCUCAGCCACUGGGGAGCCUCAGCUUCAUGUUGCCACCAGUGACUUCUUCCCAUCAGAGAUUGGCUGGGCAAUGACACCUGGCUGUCCCUUCAGAAGCAGGUUCAACAAACAGAUCCGGCGGAUGCUGGAGGCUGGCCUUGUGACCCGCUGGCUGAACCAGCUCAUCCAUGACCCUAGUCGGCGUGAGGCCCAAGAGCCCCAUGGAUACCAGCAGGCUGAGGGGUCCCAGCAGUCUCUCACCCUGGACCAUUUGCAAGGAGCCUACUAUGUACUCUUCAUGGGCUGUGGUGUGUCCUGCCUUCUGUUCCUGCUGGAGGUUGCUUGCACCUCAUUCUUCCUCCACCCCCCCUUUCAUGCCUCAUCAUAAGUACGGUGUGAGAUGUUUUGCUGCACCAGCAUUACAAACAUAAUUCUCCAUGGAAGUAUUUUGAUGUUGUUGAAUCAUUCUAUACAAUAAUAAAAACUACUACUACGACGACUACUACUGCAGCUAACAAUCAAUAAUAAAAAUAAUAACUGAAGAUUUAUAUUAAUAAAAUUAACAACAAUGACAAUAAUAAUAAUAAUAAUAAUAAUAAUAAUAAUAAUAAUAAUAAUAACAACAACAACAACAAAAUAAAAAACUAGAGGCGGCUGCUUUGGAAGAAUCCCACCAGCUGCUUGUGGAUGAUGAGUCACAUCUCUGAAAACAAUACCAGCUUUUGUUGACACAG